ACAAGUAAAAUCUUGUAUCAUUGUCACAGUGCUGGCACAGGUUGCCUGCCCAAAGAAGCUAUGGAUGCCCCAUUCCUGUUACCAUUUGGGGCCAGCUUGGAUAGGACUCUGUGCAGCCUGGUGUAGUGGAAGGCAUCCAUGUGCAUGGCUGGGGUUUGAAACUAGUGGAUCCUUAAGGUACUUUCCAAUCCAGACCUUUUUUUUGUUCUAUGGCUCUACGUUGCCCUUCCCCCCACCACCUCCAGAGGCCAGCACCAUGCCCAGAACAUGGAACCAGUCCCUCUGUGACAUCAGCUCCGGGGCCAAGGGCACUGCGGCUGUGCCAAUUCUGUGGGCACUGCGUUGGCAGCAGCACUGGAGGUGACAAGACCUCUCUCCUUGCAGCUGACUUGUGUCUCUGACCACAAUGAUUCUGCUGUGCGUCCUCAUCCUACUGGCUCUGUGUGGGCCUGCACAUGGCGCCUGUGGAGACACCUGUGGUCUCCGGCCCAUGGGUAGUACCCUCGGCUCCACACGCGUUGUGGGUGGCUCAGAUGUCCUGCCAGGGACUGGGGCCUGGGCAGGAAUUGCCAGUGUCCGUUGCUACUGGAACCCACCUGUGUCUAUCCAUGUCUGUGGAGGGACUCUCAUCAGCUCACAGUGGCUCCUCACAGCUGCCCACUGCUUUAUCAACCGUACCAACGACCUCAGCGAGUGGGCCAUCGUGCUUGGGGCCACCUCAUUGGCCGAAACAGGCCCUAAUGUGGAAGUGCGCCGGAUUAAGCGACUGAUCAUGCACGAAGACUAUGUUCCUCGUCUUGAGUUCCAUGACAUGGCCUUGGUGGAAUUGGACAUGCCAGUCCGGUGCAGGUCCAAUAUUCAGACCGCCUGCCUACCUGCACCUUCGGUGAAAUUGUCAAACAUGAACAACUGCUACAUUGCUGGCUGGGGUGACAGAAUUGUAAAAUCAUCAGGUAGAGAUAUCCUGCAGCAGGCCAAGGUUCAUUACAUCAGUAACCAGCUAUGCAACAGUAGCGAGUGGCUCAGUGGGCACAUCAACGACUUCAACGUGUGUGCUGGGCAGGGCGGUGUUGGCACCUGCCAGGGUGACAGUGGGGGGCCUCUUGUCUGCGAAGACAAGCGCAUUGGCGCCUUCUGGCAAAUUGGUGUGACCAGCUGGGGAAUAGGCUGUGCCAGACCCAAACGGCCUUCAGUCUUCGGCUCCACUCAGUACUACUACAACUGGAUCUGGAAAAUGUCAGGAAGGAAGCCAGUUACUCCAGCAAUUCCUGCAGCGCCAGCACCAACCUACACCGCAGCCCCCCCGGUGGCAGUUACAGAGCCAGCACAACCCUGUCCAUUUCCACGUGAAAAGCUGAAGCAAUUCUUUAUUAUGCUGAAGGAUAUCUUGCAGUACUUAAAGGGAAAACUGUUCUGAAUUGCAGAAUGGAUCACCUGCAGUUCAGGCUAUAAGGACCACAAC